CUAGUACCAUGGGACCAGUCGGCAGCUUCUUAGGCAGCGGGCAGCUCCACGCCACCCUGUGGGGAAGUUUGGCAGCUCUGACCACACUCUUAUUCCUCACCUUCCUCAUCUUCCUCUGCUCCAGCUGCAACAGGGAGAAGAAGCCCAAGCAUCAGAAUGGAGAUCAUGAAAAUCUGAUGAAUGUGCCUUCUGAUAAGGAGAUGUUCAGCCACUCCAUCACCAGUUCUGCUACUGAGCCUCCUCCAAGCAGCGACCAGAACGGGGUGCUCAGCAAUGGCGAGGUUCUCUCGCAGGACAGUACAACUGCCUGCAUCCAGCCUUAUGAAGAAGUACAAACAUCUGUCUCUGAUCUGCUAGAUCAGCAGGACAGUCUUGGAAAAUCCCUUAAAUGUCACCAGAGCCGGGAAUUACCCAGUAUUCCUCCUAACAGUACCAUGGAAACCAUCAUCGCAGCUAGAAACACAGAAAAUGAUCAAGGCCUUGGAAUGGAAGGGCCUUAUGAAGUCCUGAAAGACAGCUCCUCUCAAGAGAACAUAGUUGAAGACUGCUUGUAUGAAACUGUGAAGGAAAUCAAAGACGUCGGAGCAGCAGCCAACAUGGAAGGAAGCUGUAACGACAAAUCAAGAGCUUCGCUGGGGGUUUCUGAAGGUCAGCAUCAGGUCCCUGAGUGCAGAAUUGAAUCAGCAGAGUAUGCGUCAGUUGAUCGAAACAAAAAGAGUCGCCAAAGUGCUAAUUCAGAGAGCCCUCUGGGCAGCACACCCGACGUGGAGGAUGUGGAGGAUGAGCCCCCACCUCCAGUCCCCAUGAAGCUUCUUGAUGAAAAUGAGAAUGUGCAAGAACAAAAAGUGGAAGAAGGAACAACGAAACCAGAGAAGAGGCUUAGUUCAGUGUCUUACAAGUCUCGAGAGGAAGAUCCAUCUCUUACAGAAGAUGAUGUAGGUUUCUUGCAUGAAAUUCAAUAACUGACUAGAGACCUUUUUUCAAGCAGAAAUUAGCAUAAGCCCUGCAUGAUUAAGCAGGAUCUAAAAAGACAAAAAUUGUCUGAGGGGAAAAUAAAAGUGGAGGUUUUGCUGUACAUUCUUUGUAGAAUCACAUUCCUAAAAUGAGAAGUAUUUUAGCAUUUG